CGGCACUACGUGCCCAUCUGGCUCUACCCGGAACCUGCCUUCCUGCCCUUCUGCAGUGGCUCUGCCUACGUUCUCUCUGCCCCAGCCGCUGCUGCUGUCCUGGGUGCUGCCCGCCUGCUGCCGCUGCUGCCCGUGGAGGAUGUGUAUGUGGCACUGUGCGCCCACCAUGCUGGCAUUGCCCCGCGCCACCUGGACCAUAUGGCCGGGGCUACCCACUACCCGCCUGAUGCCUGCUGCUACCGGGAGGUGCUCCUCAGCGUGCACGAAGUGGAGCCUGCCGAAAUGCUGUCCAUGUGGGAGGCAGCCGAGCACCCCUGCACCGCCUGGCAGCGCUUCCUUGGCUUGACCCGCUGCCAGGUCCUGGCCUGGCUGGCUGCAGGGCUGCCAGACUCCUGAACGGAAAAUAACUUCAGGUCAAUGUAG